UCUCGCUCUAGGCCGAGCAGAACAGAGCGCUCACGGAUCGCGCGCACGCGAGCCCCAGACUCUUCGGAACUGAGCGAGCGUGCCUGCCCCUCCACAUCCCAUUCUUGCCAUGGCUCCUGGAGAGAAGAUCAAAGCCAAAAUCAAGAAGAAUCUGCCGGUGAGGGGGCCCCAGGCGCCUACAAUCAAAGAGCUGAUGCGGUGGUACUGUCUGAACACCAACACCCACGGCUGUCGCCGCAUCGUGGUGUCCCGCGGCCGCCUGCGGCGCCUGCUGUGGAUUCUGUUCACGCUCACUGCCGUGGCCCUUAUCUUCUGGCAGUGUGCUCUCCUCGUGGCCUCCUUCUACACCGUCUCUGUCUCCAUCAAAGUCCAUUUCCAGAAGCUGGAUUUUCCCGCUGUCACCAUCUGCAACAUCAACCCUUACAAGUACAGUGUGGUGCGGGACCUUCUAGCUGACCUGGAACAGGAGACCAGAGUGGCCUUGAAGACCCUGUAUGGCUUUCCGGAGAAUACGUCUCGAAGACGCCGAGAGGCAGAGUCCUGGAAUUCGGAGGGGCCCAAAUUCCUCAGACUGGUCCCACUGAUGGCUUUCAGUCAGGAUGAGACCGGCGAGGUCAGGGACUUCCUCACGGGGCGGAAGCGGAAGUUCAGCGGGCGCAUCAUUCACAAGGCGUCAGAUGCCAUGCACGUCCACGGGUCUAAGGAGGUGGUGGGAUUCCGACUGUGCUCAAAUGACACGUCCCACUGUGCCCUCUACAACUUCAGCUCAGGCAUCAAUGCCAUCCAGGAGUGGUACAAGCUGCACUACAUGAACAUCAUGGCGCAGGUCCCUCUGGAGAAGAAGAUCAACAUGAGCUAUUCUGCCGAGGAGCUGCUGGUCACCUGCCUGUUUGACGGGGUGUCUUGCGAUGCCAGGAACUUCACGCUGUUCCACCAUCCAAUGUAUGGGAAUUGCUACACGUUCAACAACAGAGAGAACGAGACUAUCCUCAGCACGUCCAUGGGGGGCAGCGAAUAUGGGCUUCAGGUCAUCUUGAACAUAAACGAAGAGGAGUACAACCCCUUCCUGGUGUCCUCCAGCGGGGCGAAGGUGAUUGUCCACCGACAGGAUGAAUACCCCUUCAUCGAGGACGUGGGGACAGAGAUCGAGCCUGCCAUGGCCACUUCCAUAGGGAUGCACCUGACGGAGUCCUUCAAGCUGAGCGAACCCUACAGCCAGUGCACCGAGGACGGGAGCGACGUGCCCGUCACUAAUAUCUACAACGCGGCAUAUUCCCUCCAGAUCUGCCUUCACUCAUGCUUCCAGACGAAGAUGGUGGAGAAAUGCGGGUGCGCACAGUACAACCAGCCUCUGCCUCCAGCAGCCAACUACUGCAACUACCAGCAGCACCCCAACUGGAUGUACUGCUAUUACGAGCUGCACCAAGCCUUCGUCCGGGAGGAGCUGGGCUGCCAGGCCGUGUGCCGGGAAGCCUGCAGCUUUAAGGAGUGGACCCUGACCACCAGUCUGGCACAGUGGCCAUCCGUGGUUUCCGAGAAAUGGUUGCUACCCGUUCUCACUUGGGACCAAGGCCAGCAAAUAAAGAAAAAACUCAACAAGACUGACUUGGCCAAACUCUUGAUAUUCUACAAAGACCUGAACCAGCGAUCCAUUAUGGAGAGUCCCGCCAACAGCAUCGAGAUGCUUCUGUCCAACUUCGGGGGCCAGCUGGGCCUGUGGAUGAGCUGCUCUGUCGUCUGUGUCAUUGAGAUCAUUGAGGUCUUCUUCAUCGACUCCUUCUCUAUCAUUGCGCGCCACCAGUGGCAGAAGGCCAAGGAGUGGUGGGCCAGGAGGCACGCUCCCCCCGGCCCUCAGGGCCAGGACAACCCAGGCCUCGAUAUAGAUGAUGACCUGCCCACUUUUACCUCGGCGUUGCGCCUGCCUCCAGCCCCAGGGACCCAGGUGCCGGGCACACCGCCUCCCAGGUACAAUACCUUGCGUUUGGAGAGGGCCUUCUCCGACCAGCUCUCAGACACCCAGAUACCAGCUGAAUCCUGAGGCAAGGAGGUGAAGAGAGAUGUAGCUAGGAGCCCCGGCCGUGGUCUGAGAACUUAGACCCUGUCUCCUACAUGUGGAGGGGACCCUUUGGCACCCCUCUGGGCUUUUCAGAGACAAUGACUAAAAGUCUCCUUUGACCAACAACAUGGGGCCUGGGUGUGUGCAGCGACCCCCUGGACCCUGCCCAGCCAUGCUCACAGCCGUCCAGGGCGAGAAAGAUCCGGCCACCCAAACCCCUCACACAUCUGCUCCAGAGAGAGAUGGGGGUCAAGGAAAUGGUGACUGGCCGGCCGAAGGCCAGAAGGAAGCCUGACAGAGAUUUCACCAGAUCUUGAGAGAGAGAGACUCCUCCAAAGCCGCAAGCCGGGAGUUUCACCCGCUCCUCCGGCCUGGGCUGGGGCCCAGCCGUACGACGACCCGAAGUAACAAGGGCAGACAGCCACUGCCUAGUACCAAAGCCAGGAAGAAGCACCAGCCCCGGCGCUGGGGCUGUUUGCGAAUUAACUGUUCUUAGUCUCUGACAUUGGGGCAAGGUCUCUCCUCUGUGCCCUCAGGCAGGGAGCUGGCCUGAGAUCCUUGGAGUGUGUGUGUGGGGGGGGCAGUGGGGGGGGCCCUGGGGGCAUGACGAGCUCCUCACUCUGGGAGCAGGGGUGGGGCCACGUUCUGAGCAGCUAAGCCAGUGCCCUGGGCCCAUUACCCAAGCACAGAAAGCCCAUGAAAGGGCCUUGCUGGACACCCCUGUCCAGCGGUGGCCCAAGGCGCAAAGGAUCAUUGGAUAAAGCCUCUCUGCCUCCCAGGCAGCCCGCCCCACCCCCUCACGGCCUGCCCCUCCCCAGCAAGCCGACUACCGCGGACAGCCGUUCCUGGACUCACACUUUCCAACGUAAUAGUGCCUAACAUGUAUCCGGCACACAGUAGGUGUCCAAUGAGAGCUCAGCAGCUGAGUGCUGUUCUAAACACUUACAGACAUGACUGUCGGGGCAGCAAACUGCCACCCAUAGGCCAGAUCCUGGUUUUGCUCGUGACCUAGGACUAUUUUUUAUUUCACUUUUCUCAACGGUUAAAAAGAUCAGAAGACGACUCUUUUGGGACUCAUGAAAAUUAUACAAGGUUUCAUGUUCAGUGUCCAUCAAUAAAGUUUUAUUGGCACACA